UCAGGCUUGGAAUUCAAGACCCUUUGUAAUGCAAGUCAAGAAGCCAUCCAAAGAGUGAUGGCCAUAGCUAGGCAGGACUAUGAAGGCAAUUACAGAAGGUUCUUCCAGCCCACAGUCAACUGUGACUUCCAAAGUUUAGCAUUGAAAAUGAGUUAUAGGAAAAAAACGAAAGUAGCUCAAUCCCUUCCCCUAUCGAUGUGACAACUCCACAAGCAAAUUCAACUUAGCUUCGGAGGAAUUUUCAAAGAAACAAUAGACUUGAGAGACUUCGAAGUAUAUUUCAAGGAUGGGGACGGAGAGAAAUCAUUCCUCAUCAAUGAUGAAGACCUCAAAGCAGCCUACAGAUGGGCACAGUCUUUUUCCACUGGAAUGGUCAAAGUGUGGAUAGAGUAUAAAUAUGGCCUUUCAGACGAACAAAAAAUAGAAAAAUGGCAUGAAACUCAAUCAAGACAAACAAGAAACCCAGGCUCUGGCAGAACUAAAAAGUGGGAUUUCAAUGCAUUUGAAGACGAAAAUAGAGUCAUAGUCAGAGAUGGGUAUGUAUAUAGAAACCCUCGUAAAAUUAAAGGAGGCAAACUUCUGUACUUUUGAGAGGAUUACGAAAGACUCGGAUGACUAGGCAGAUGGAUAGUUUACCCGAUGGUCUCAGGAGGAGAUUUUGGGGAACAUAAAAGAGAACACAAUAUUCCUUCAGAAAUGCAUCAAUGCAAUAUCCCAGAAGUUAACCCAAUGAAUCUCCCAAAUUCUGAAAAUAUUUUACAUGGAGGAGUCAGAAAAUGGACAAGAGUCUACGAAGCUGCUUUGAUUAUGAAGAAUCCUUCAAUGAUAGGGUCAGAAAUUAUCUCUGAAAUUAAGUCCUGAGUAAGUCAUGCUGAUCUUCCACCAAAACGAGAGAUCCAUUACAUCAUUCAUAAAAUAAGAAGAGCCUUAACUCCUGGAGUUGCUGGAUAUGGACUGAUAGAUAUUGCUAAAAUUAAGACUAUGAGAGGAACUGCUUUUGGUAGAGAAAUAUCCCUAUCUAUGGUGGAUCAACUUCCAAGGUUGUUCUUAUAUCUUUAUUCUGAUUGGCAAGAAGAAAGAGCAAAAGAAUUUGCAAAGCAAGAAACACAACACAUUUACAUCGAUUUAGUAACUAAAUCAUGUCCGAAAAUGUGGAAGAUUAUAAUGUCAAUUUCUGUCUUUGAGAAAGAUACAGGCCAGUUAGUCCCUCUAGCUCAUUCAGUUCUACAGACAAAAAGACAAGAAGGAUUUGAGAUAGCCAUGAAAUGGAUAAGGGAUCAACUAAAGCUUAAACCAAAUAUCUUCACUAUUGAUUUUGAUGAUGAACUACUGAAAGCUACAACAGGAGUUUAUGGAAAUUCACUAGCCUUGGUACCAAACUUUUACCUCCUAAUGAAGAGAUUAUGGAUCAUCGCUGUGAAGAAUGAUUUGAAUAAACCAGAAAUUUACUCUCAUUGCAAAAAGAUGAUAUAUCGUCUUUUAACCCUCUGAUUUAUAGCAAGAGACAAUAUUUCUAAAGUAUACGAAGAAAUCAAAUCACAAUUCUCUCAAAAAGAUCCAGGAUUUGUUUCAUUUUUCCAAUGGUAUGAGGCUAUGUUUAUGGAACAAGGUUUGUUCCCUCCAAGAAUCUGGUCGUUUUCUCAUCGGACAGAUCAGAUUGAAGAUUUCAUAAUGUGCAAUAAUGGAAUGGAGACUUACCAGCAUUACAUCCAAACCCAAAUGAAGAGUGAGGGACUGAACUUCGCAGCAUACACUGAACUAAUGGCCAGAAUUGAAACACUCAGGAAGAACGACUACGAGACAUGCCAAACAAACGUUAUCUAUGGAGAGAACUCUCAAGACUUAAAUUCUCAGAAAUCUCAAGCUCCAAAAGAAAGUUUCAAAGGAUCAAGAUUAUGGCCUUCAAGCCGGAUCAUGAAGUUUAUGCAUGAAAAUAGAGGCACUCUUGAAGCUGAUCCAGAGCACCAAUACGUCGAAGUUGAUGCCAUUACUGAGGAAUUCGUCAAAGAAAAUAAUGAAGAAUUCUUAGGCUCUCUUGGAAGGCUCCAAAGAAACGAUGAAGACAGUGUUAGAGAUAUUCUUGCACAAGAAAACCUUCAUAUGAACCUUGAAGAGCUUAUCAACCUUAAAAAAGAAGAGAAACAGCAAUUAAAGAAGGAAAGAGCUGGCAAAUUCGGAGGAUAUGAUCCAAGGAUGAAAAGAGAAAUCAAGGCUGAAAAGAAAACAGAAGAAAAUAAGAAUAAUAUCUUGCCUGAAAAAAUUAAACCUGCAACAAUGAUGUACGAAAAAGAAAGCUCUCAAUCAUCAUGAGGCCCUAGCCAAUUCAUGGAAGAGCUAGAUAUCACUAGAAACAGAGUGGAUAUUGCUGAAAGAAUAAUGAUGUAUGCCGAAGAUGACCAAGAAAAGAACCCAUUCGAUGCGAAAUCAACCCAAGGAGUAAUUUCAAGCCAAGGUAGCAACAAGUCAGGCCUAAACGAUCUGCUAAACGUAAUCGAAGCUGAUGAGAAGAAGGCGAAUUACCGUCUGUAA